AUGAGCGGCGACAAGGCGACGGCCCGGAGCCGCGAGCUCCUCGCGGUCGAGCACAACGACGCGGGCGCGUCUCACCCCGCGACCCUGUUACUCGGCGGAGAGAGGGGCGCCCCGUCCCCGUCGCCGUCGCCCGCAAAGAAAAACGGGGGGGGGGCCAACGAACACCCGGCGAACGCGUCGGCGAGGACCAAGCCUGACUUCAGCAAGCUUCCCCCGCCACCCUCCGCGCUCCUCGCCAAGCUCAACGCGUUCAUGCCCGAGAUGCGGCGCGCGAACGCGGAGCUCGAGGAGGCGAUGAAGACGCGCCCGGCUGGGGACUUCGACAUCGAGCACGUCUCGGGCUCGGAAUCGGACUCGGACUCGGACACGGACGAUGCUCUGGAGGACGGGACGGGGUUGGACCCGGCGUCGGACGAGUACAAGGUGCGCGCGGCGAUCCGCGGCAUCGAGGCGCAACAGCGGAAGGACGCGAAGACGCGCACGAAGCAGCGAGGCGGCAAGCAGGUGAUCGAGAUGAACGUCGGUCUCGGCGUGGUGGACCUCGCGACGGAGCAGGCGGUGGCGCGCGCCAGGGAGUUGGCGGGCGACGCCGUCGUGGGGGGCGACGCGUCCUCGGAAGACACGCGGGAGAGCGGCGGGCGGAUCAGGCUUCCGGGGCAGGUCGACGAUGCCGGGCGCAGGGCGGGGAUCCAGGAGCUGAGCUAG